AUGCCGCGACCCUCACGUGAAUCGUACGGUGAUCAAAAACCACCUUAUUCUUACAUUUCAUUAACAGCUAUGGCAAUAUGGAGUUCACCGGAACGUAUGUUGCCGCUGUCAGAAAUAUAUCGGUUUAUAAUGGACCGAUUCCCUUACUACAGAAGAAAUACGCAGAGAUGGCAGAAUUCAUUGAGACACAACCUUUCUUUCAACGAUUGUUUCGUGAAGGUGCCACGAAGACCGGACAGACCUGGCAAAGGAGCUUAUUGGACUUUGCAUCCACAGGCUUUUGAUAUGUUCGAGAAUGGAUCCCUAUUGCGUCGAAGAAAAAGAUUCAAGUUGCAGAAAGGUGAAAAAGAUAAUCUAAACGCUGAAUUGGCCGCCCUGGCGAGUUUUAAUAGGGCAUUUUUGGCUCGACAAGCGAAUGCGCCACCUCCGCCGUCGGCAUUGCCCAGCGCAAGUUUGUAUACGCCUCCAAUGUGUUCACAAAUGAGUCCUGAGCCCGCUGAAUUACCGGAAGUAGCUGUUACAGUUUUACCACGGGAGAGGCCACGAAGAGCAUUUACAAUAGAUGCUUUGUUGGAGCCUGAACCACCGAGAUCGUCUCCCUCACCUCCUCAGCCGAUGAUAGCAAUGCAAGUGAUGCCUCCCAUUCCGAGGCUGGAUUUGUCAAUGCCCUCGCCGUAUAUGCUAGCAGCGCAAAGGUAUCAGGCAGAGUUAUUGCAAGCGGCCGCCCAUGCCCUUCGUCCCUGCUACCUGCAGCCAACGCUGCUUCCCGUCGCGUGA